UUUUUUUUUUUUUUUUUUUUUUGGGUUUUUCAAUGAUGGGAGCUAGGGUUUGGCUAAGGCGGAUCGGAAUUCUCUUUGUGCUUUUGAUGAUGUGGAGCCCAAUAUCCGCCGCCGCCGCAGACCCUAGUAGGGUUUUAAUGUGCCCUAGAGAGUCCCUUGUAGAUUCGAUCUUUGGAUUUCUAGAUCGAAGCUGCAUCGUGUAUGACACUGCUGAAUCUCCUGGUUUCGUUGGUGUUAUCGAGGGUGAUGAGGUUUCGUUGCAGAAGGCAUUGAAUAUGGUUCACAAGAAUGGCUACAAAUAUUUAGCUGUGCUCUUUUAUGCAUCAUGGUGCCCUUUCUCUAGGAAUUUUAGACCAAGCUUCUCCCUCCUUUCCUCUCUGUAUCCAUCUAUCCCACAUUUCGCAAUUGAGGAAUCAUCUGUUAGGCCAAGUAUACUCUCAAAGUAUGGAGUUCAUGGAUUUCCAACUCUAUACAUUUUUAAUUCUACUAUGCGUGAUCGAUAUCAUGGCUCCCGGACUUUAGGUUCUCUAGUUGCUUUUUAUACUGAUGUUACAGGCAUCGAGACUGCAUCGCUGCAUAAAGGAUCCCUAGACAAAAUUGUACACCCAUCAAACCAUGAAAAGCAUGAUAGCGAUGAGCAAGAAAGUUGCCCAUUCUCAUGGGCAAGAUCUCCUGAAAAUCUGUUUAGACAGGAAACCUAUUUGGCUUUCGCAACUGCAUUUGUGCUCUUGAGAUUGGUUUAUUUCUUUUUCCCUCCUCUGCUUGUAUUUGCUAAAUUUGCCUGGGGAAGGCACUUUCGGAACAUGAGAUUGCGGAGCUUGUUGGAGCAUCCUCGGGUCUAUCUGAAUCAGAUAAUACAGGUGUUAAAUUCUCUUAAGGAGCCUUGCAGGAAAAGUAAUUUACAAGGAGCAAUGAAUGCCCGGGCAUGGGCUUCCAAAUCCCUUGCUACAGUGUCAAUAGGGGAUGCAAGCACCAGCAGGGGUGCACCGAUUAGUGAAUGUCGCUGAACUUUUAUCUAAUGUCAGGACUAGGUAUUUGAUACUCCUGCAAAGAGUUUGCUGCAUGUUCUACUCGGAAGGAGUGGCAGUUCAGAAUCAUCUUGGCAUCCCUGGCUGUAGUUUAAUUUGGGUCCAAUGUUUGUGGCAAUGUGAAAUAUGUUGACGAUGUAGUACCCAUUUCUCAUUUGUCCAUAUUUUUUAACCGAUUUAGUAUACAAUUUAUUUGCCAUUAAAGCAAUAAUUGAAAUCCAAUUUGUGUAUAAAUAUAAAUUGAUAAACUUCUCAGUGCACUUGCCUAUUUAUUGUUCUUUUCAUUCAA